UAGGGAAGGGGCGGGGUAUGUACGAACUGCUUGUGUAAAGGUGUGAGCAACCUGCGUUAGGUUCUCUGGGCUGAUCGACCGGAGGGUCUGUUCUUGGACUACACACAUCUGGGACGAUCUGCUCCUGUACAAGUGAAGAUAUCCCUGAACUGAAGCUAUGGCAUCUGAGGGAGAUAAACUAUGGGGUGGAAGAUUUGUUGGCAGCAUAGACCCCAUUAUGGAAAUGUUCAAUUCUUCAGUGUCUUAUGACCAGAGGAUGUGGUCAGCUGACAUCAGGGGAAGUCAAGCUUAUGUAAAAGCCUUGGAAAAGGCAGGACUUGUAAACCCAACUGAAAUGGAACACAUUUUAACAGGUUUGGAUCAGAUCCACGAGGAAUGGUCUAGAGGCACAUUUGUGUUGACAAAAGCUGAUGAGGAUAUACACACUGCCAAUGAACGCCGCCUCAAGGAGCUAAUAGGAGAACCUGCGGGAAAGCUCCAUACUGGACGCAGCCGAAAUGAUCAGGUUGUAACAGACAUGAGGUUGUGGUUGCGAGAUUCCUGCUCUGCUCUUCACUUGCAUUUAACACGUCUUAUCAGGACCAUGGUAGACAGAGCAGCAAUAGAAAUUGAUAUACUUUUUCCAGGAUAUACCCACAUGCAGAGGGCUCAGCCUAUACGCUGGAGUCACUGGAUCCUGAGCCAUGCAGUUGCAUUGUGUAGGGAUGCUGAAAGACUGGGAGAACUAAGAAAGAGGAUAAAUGUUUUGCCACUUGGCAGUGGUGCAAUAGCUGGAAACCCUUUGGGAAUAGACAGGGAACUUCUACGCAAAGAACUCGAGUUUGACUCUGUCAGUAUAAAUAGCAUGGAUGCAACUAGUGAGCGGGACUUUAUAGCUGAGUUUUUGUUCUGGGCCUCUCUUUGCACGACUCACCUUUCUAAGAUGUCUGAAGAUCUCAUUAUCUACAGCACCAAAGAAUUCAGCUUUAUUACCUUGUCAGACUCCUACAGUACUGGAAGCAGUUUGAUGCCUCAGAAGAAGAACCCUGACAGCUUGGAACUUAUCCGCAGCAAAGCUGGACGUGUCUUUGGUCGAUGCUCUGGUUUCCUUAUGACACUGAAAGGCCUUCCCAGCACCUACAACAAGGACCUUCAGGAAGACAAAGAAGCCAUGUUUGAUGUUUAUGAUACAGUGUGUGCUGUACUUCAAGUGGCUUCUGGAGUGAUCUCCACAUUACAGAUAAACAAGGAAGGUAUGGAGAAAGCACUUAGCCCAGAUAUGCUGGCUACAGACAUUGCUUAUUAUCUGGUUAGGAAAGGGAUGCCCUUCAGACAAGCACAUGGACUCUCUGGUAAAGCGGUUCAGCUAGCUGAAACUAAAGGAAUUCCUCUCAAUAAACUCUCUUUGGAAGACUUGAAGAGCAUCAGCCCCCUCUUCAGCAACGAUGUGUCCAAGGUGUGGAACUACACCAACAGUGUGGAGCAGUACACAGCAGCAGGAGGAACAGCAAAGAGUUCUGUGGUGGCACAGGUGGAACAGCUGAGAACCUGGCUAAAAAAAUCACUAGAGUCCGUGAUAUAAUGGGAUAAUUGGACCAUAGUAGAUUUGAUAGAGAACACAAAGAUAUGUUAGUCAUAUUUUAAGCUGAACGCCAGGAAACGCAGAUACAGAGGUAAAAUAAAGGGAUUUGUUUUACAUGCCAAAGGAUUUGUAUGAUCAUCAAGUCUUGAUUUUUUUUUAUCGCUCUGUCACCCAGCAUAUCCCUCUCUGGCAGAGCAGGAAACGUAAUAUUUUCCUGUUGUAGUUAAGAAACACUAACAAGACUUUUCACCACCCCUAGCCUGUGCAAUGAAAGGAGAAGCUGCACACUGAGUUCAUCGCUUUGUCACUCUGCUCCCCCCCUCCAAUCACCUUAUCCCUUGCUAGCACAUGAACACUACAGCACCUUACUGCUUCUCCCUCUCUAAGUCUAGGCUUUGUUAUGCAAGAGGCUAAUUCAAAGUGAAAUUCGGUUACUUACACUGCUUGUUUAAAAAAAAAAAAAAAAAAAAAAAUGUAAUCAAUACAGAGUUGCAAUCAUUUUGUGUCUUUUAAAUCUGCCUGGACUUCAUCUUAAAUAAUGAUUUCAGUUGCUUCUAUAAGAAACAGUGUAAUUGAUGAAAGUAGUUGGAAGUAGAAACAAUUUUCAGAGAUGCCAAAUAGUAUUUAGUUAUUAUAAUUUUAUACAUAGAAACAGUAUAUUUACAAAGAUGGCAGGUUACAUGACUAUAAUUAAAAUAUUAUUAAUCCCUA